AUCAGAGCGAGUAAUUUUAAUUUUUCUUGGGUGCAAAAAGGCAUGUAUUUGUUGCGCUAUAAAUGCAACAGCUCCUCUAUUUGUUCUUCACUACAAUACGAUGUCGGGCGUUUGGGUGUUCGACAAGAACGGCGUGGCCCGGUUGAUCGCGAACCCAACGCGGGAGUCGUUCGAGGGGAAGGACCCGCCGUAUCCGGGGACGGCGACGGCGCCAGGGGCUCGGCCGAGAGUGCUGGUGUACCUUCCGGCGAACCAGGUGAUCGGGUCGUACGCGGAACUGGAGCAGCGACUGGGUGAACUCGGGUGGACUCGGUACCGGAACUCAUCCGCCGAACCGGAGGAACUCGUCCGAUUCCAUCGCUCCCACGACUCGGCCGACCUCAUUUCCCUCCCCAAAAGCUUCGCCAAAUUCAAGCCCAUGCACAUGUACGACAUCGUCGUCAAAAAUCGACAUUUCUUCCAAGUUCGCGACCCAAAAUCAGCAGCAGCCUCUUCUUGAACAAUUAAAUUAAAAUUUUUAAAAAUAUUAUUUAUAUUUAGUUGCAUUUUGAUGGAACGUUAGCUGUUUGUUUACUGGUGUUUAAUUUAUAUAUAGGACUGCCACUGCCCCUGCCACUGCCUCUAUAUCUCUCUCUCGCCCAAGAAGCAGCCUUUUUGCUGAGAACUUGAUACCCUAUAAUUUUAAUUUUGUAGCCUUUUUGCUGUGAUGCCUAACCCUAACACAUACUAAUUUUCACCUACCCCUACCUUAGCUACGACUGUAUAAUACUCUAAAUAUAUCGGGAUGGAUAUCGGUUCGGUUUGGUUAAA